AUGACAAAAAGAAAAACCCCAGAUGUCUUCGAUCCCAUCCGUCUCAGUGACCUGAUCAACGAGAGGUACCUGGUAGAGCAUAAGCUUGCAUCCGGCGGCUUCUCGACCGUGCAAGGAGAGCUCGUUGGGCCUGUUAAGAUCCCCCAAAGCUUGCGCACAGAGAAUUUCCAUCUCGGUGACUUUGGUCUGGCGAAGAAAGUCGGCGACCCCGUGACUCCUCGUGGCUAUCCACCAUUGCGAUAUUGCUCCCCGGACCGCCUGCAUCGGAAAGAUCCCAGUCCUGACUGCGACAUGUGGAGUGGGAUCAUCGGUGGUCUGGUGAUGUCUUUAGGUCCUCUGCUCGAGGAGUGGAAGGUGCUGUAUACUCACCCCGAAGGCCGUAAUUCCUGGUAUGACCAAACCCAAACUCCCCAUCCCACAUGGACUCUCGAGUCAAGAAUCGCACUUCGUCCCGACGCCCACCCAACAAAGCGAAGCCAUCGCCUGACCGCAACCCAGCUUCUGCGAGAUCCUUCAUACAGAGCUAUCAUGGAAAAUCAUGUUUGUUAA